AAAUAAAUAAUAAUAAAUAAACUGAAUUUUACGAUAGGGUAACUAAUUAUUAGAGAGCUCAAAAUGUACCGCGCAAUGCCCAGGCGAACCAGCGAGUUCCGCGAGGAUGUCCACGAAGAUGAGGGCAACGUGGACAAGCGGCAGACCAGACUAGGACUCCGCAGCAUGGCCACGCCCACUCCCAAGGCCAAGGGUAGCUGCAAAACCAUAAGGCCAUCGCAUUCCCGGUUAGGGCAGCCACUGUGCCUGGAACGAGAUCGCGGCAGCCAGAUGGGUCUGCCGUCGAACCGAACACCCAUGAGCAGCCAUCGCAUGGGCUCUGAGAUGCCGCACCACUCGAACAAGAAAUGGGUGUCAGAGAAGUGCCAACAGAUCCAGGACUAUUUGCACGCCAUCUUGCCCACGCAUAGCAUACAGGGAAUCACCAGCGAAUUCUUCAAUCGUGGCUCGGGCCUACGUCAGAUGGGAACGAAGCAGUUUGUGGGAAUAAUCAACUUUUUCUUCCAUCAAAUCAUACGGAAUCGGGUCACGGUGGGCAGCAAUCAUGUGGAGGACAUUAUGAAUACCAUGCAGAAGCUCAACUAUCCGUACCAAAUGAAUAAGUCCUCGCUGAUGACGCCAACCGCACAGCACUCGUUCGGCCAUGUAAUUGUGAUGCUGGACUUCCUGAUGGACUUUGGCCCACAACCGGCGGCCGAGGAUGAGAGCAAAGAUUUCCCUUUCAUGGAAACGGCCGAUCAGCACAGCGCGUACCUGCACAGCAUGGCCUCCGAGUCGAUUGCCAUGUCAACCACCCAGAGUGGACCGCUCGUGCUGGACGAGGAGCAGAACGAGCUACUGUGGGUCCAGGCCACGGCAUGUUUCUCUCUCUGGGAUCAGGAGAACAAAGAAGAAGAGGAACUGCUGCAGGCCAGGACCAGAGACAAGGUUAUCAGCAAGAGGUGCGACCUGGCCGACCGCCGGGCCCUCGAUGCGGACAUAGAGGCCCUAAGAACGAAACUCAGCGGCGUCGACCAGAAGCUGGAAGAGGCUCUACCCGCCGAUGGCAAGAACUUUCAGCAGCUGGAAAGCCUCAUCUGCAAGCAGGAGCAGCUCAGGCAGCAUCUGCAGGCCAUGCACAAGGAUGCCGCUAAUAAGCGUGAUCUGAUCAAGGAGCUGCGAGCCAAGGCCAAACAAAAGACAGCGCAAAUCAAGUCGCUGGAGAAGGAGCGGCGCCACAUCCAGCAGACGGUGUCCAGCCAGCGGUACACGGCCCAACAGCUGAAGGAUCUGCAGAUCCAGUACACCGAUCGUACCAACGAGUCCAAGGUCUACAAGCGCGAGGUCAAAGAGAUCACUGAGCGUCAGCUCAACCAGCAGGUACUGCUGUCGCGCUCCAAGCAGAAGCUCCUGGACAAGAUCGAGCAGUUCAAUUGUCUUGCGCGCAAAAUCUGCAUGGAUUCGGUGAUAUGCAAGGCCAGCGGUAAGGCUAGGAUGGAGCUGGCCAUGUCGCUGCAGCCCAGCCGCGACGAGGUCCAGGGUGGCCAUCAGCGUCUGGCCAAACUGGCGAAUCGAUUGCGUCUGUGCCGCCAGCGGAGCGCUGACCGUUGCAAGCAGCUGGAGGAGCAAAAAACAAAUAUCAUGGUGACCAAACGCAACCUGGACACCCAACUGGCCACCCUAGGGUCGGAGUUGCGGACCCAGAAGCAGACCAUGGCCCAAAUGGAGUCGAAUCACAAGAGCAAGCUCGAAACGAUGGCGCAGGACCAGCAGCAGCUUAUCGACAGUCAAUACGAGCUAGACACCCGGCUGGAGCAGCUGCAGGCCCAGGAACGGGAGCACUGCAACCUGAUUCGCAGCAUGAAGCAAAAGAACGGGGACCUCAUCACAGCCGGCGAGUUGUGUCAGCAGCAGGCACUGCAUACCAGAAAUGCCUACCUCGACAGCUACGAACAAACGCUGGCCGAGGCCGAGGAGGAGCUCAAGGCUGUGCAGCUAACGAUUGCCGAGAACGACAGCAAGCUGUGCGCUGCCAAGCAGAUGAUCCAGGUCACAAGGAUACCCCCGUUUGAUGCGGCAUUCCCGGCCAUACAGGAGUCCCCCUGAGUUUGAGUUUUUAAUAUUUUUGUUUUGUGUGUUUAAUAAAUUAUUCCAGGUAUUUUUAAAUAGAUUUGUUCUUUUUG